GAGCGCAGGAGGGUGUUCAAAUUCCGCCAUGGAAUGCCUUCUCCCCAGGACGAUGAACGUAUGUUACUUUGAAGCUGUGUUUGUAAUUGGAGGAUGGAGGGAGCAUCAGAGGUAUUGAGGUUGCAAGUUUUGAAAAGGAAUUGUUUGGGGUUGAUCCCCCUUGAGAGAGUCUCACGUUGGGAGAGAAUCUGGCUUGUGGAGUGCAAUCAGAUCAAGACGCUACCCAAAAGAGACAGAUUAUCACAAUUUAGAGAACGUGGCUUACAUAAGUUCUGUACUGAUGAUCACUGGGGAGGAAAUUUUGGUAUCUCUUGUUCUAGUUCUGGGGGAAGACGUGGUUUUGGGCCUGAACCUUCCAAAAAAGAGAAGGCCAAUCGCUAUAAUAUCUCAGGAGAAGAUAGUGGCCGUACACCACAACAAAGAAAGUCGUCAUCAGUGCAGUCUGACAUGUUUAGUCAAUAUGCAGAGGCACCUAAAAUAGUUAGUGGCUUGGAUGGAAAUCCUAGCAAGGUUGUGGUAGGCCGCGAUUUUGAAGAGAAGUUGGAAGCAGUUCGAAGGUCUGCACUUGAGAAAGUGAAGGAGGAGGAAGAAAAACAGUAUCGAGCAAUAGACUAUGAUGGCCCAGUUGAGUCAGAGAAAACAACAAUUGGGCUCGGUACGAAGGUGGGAGUUGGAGUUGCUGUUUUGGCUUUUGGGCUGGUUUUUGCGUUGGGCGACUUUUUUCCUUCUGUAAGCACCAAUAAUGAUACUGUAGUGGAGGAAAAGAACCUGUCAAAGGAAGAAAAGGACGCUCUUCAGGCCAGACUUCAAAAAUUUGAGGCUAUGCUUGCUUCAUUACCAAAAGAUGCCGAGGCACUUGAAGGAGCUGCCGUUACUCUUGCGGAGUUAGGGGAGUAUGGGCGGGCUUCAUCUUUACUAGAGAAGCUCAUAAAGGAAAGGCCAGCAUAUGUAGAUGCCUAUCGAUUACUUGGAGAAGUCAAAUUUGAAUUGAAGGAAUUUGAAGGGAGUGCCUCUGCAUAUCGGCUUGCUGCAUCUAUUACCGAGAAGACUGAUCUUGAAAUUUUACGUCGUUUGACAAAUGCAUUGCUUGCUGCUAAAAAACCAGAUGAGGCUGUUCAACUGCUUUUGGCUGCUCGUGAUAGAAUAAACAUUGAUACACUAAUCCCAAAUAAACGUGACAUUCCAGCUGAUGAACAGGACCUGCCCAUUCAGGUUGAGCUGCUUCUUGGAAAAGCAUAUUCUGAUUGGGACCAUAUUAGCGAUGCUGUUGCUGUUUAUGACCGACUUAUCUCGAUAUUUCCGGAUGACUUCCGGGGAUACUUAGCUAAGGGAAUUAUACUGAAAGAGAAUGGCAAAGUUGGAGAUGCUGAAAGGAUGUUUAUUCAGGCAAGGUUCCUUGCUCCUGAGAAAGCCAAAGCAGUGGUUGAUCGUUAUUCACGAUGAUAGUCGAAUGGAAGCAACCCAAGCUCUUAAAUUAAUGAGAAUCUUAAGGCAUCCAGUUUUCAGUAGGGAUACAUCCAAUGUAUAUAUCUGCAAUUAUUCAUCGCUGUUGUGCUGCAAAUCAGGAACAUUGUUGGUUUGUCUGAGAUAACACAAUGAGAUUUACCGGCCACCCUUUAAAACAAUCAUCAUAUGGAUGCGAGUGUUGGUUUGUUUCUAAAGCUAACCGUAUGUUUGGUGGUUAUGUUUCAUGGGUCCUUGAAAGUAAUCUAUUCUCCCCUGUCUUUAA